AUGGCUGGAUUACUCUCACCGCAUCUGCAUCGCCACGUCAGCCUCUCGCAGCCGCAUCAAACGCCGAGGAUUUUUUCCGUAGAGCCCCUCUUUUGCAACGGCUCUCUGACGUGUCCAAGCGCUAGCAAGGCAAGCACUCCAAUCGCGAUCGCAUGCAUAUCCACCUUGCCCCGCCGUCGAAGCAACGCAAGCAAGCAACGUUUCACUGUAACCGCCACCGCUCGUUCUCGCCACGUGUCGUCCGUGUCGCAUGGUUUAGCGUGCGCGGACGGAUGGCGACGCGAUAGCUCGAUUGAUCCGAGGAGACAGACUGGCAGGGUACGCGCGUCUCGAGGCGACAGCUCGAGUAGCAGAGACGGAUGGCAGGGUCGGAACGAACCGCACAGGGAGAGCAGGUUCGGAUCGCGGCAGGCUCGGACAGACGGCAGGUUCGGUGGCAGUGGCGGUGGAGGCUGGCGAGAGGAUGAGCGAGACCCUCGUCAGGAGCGGGAUUAUAACGAGGGGUUUGACACGAGCGGGCGGGGAAGAAGAGUAGAAUGGGACCACGGAGAGAGGGGAAUAGGGGGUGGGCGGGAGAGGGGACGUGGCGAUUGGCGGGAGGGGGAGGGGGACGGGGAGCGGAACUGGCGGAGGGAGGGAUCGGGGCGGUGGGAUGCGGGCGAGGAGGGGGAGCGAGAGGGCGGGGGGAGAGAAUCCAGGGCGCGGGAUGGAUACGGGAGGUUUGAGCAGGAUAGGCGCGGGGAGGACCCGAGGGGGGAAGCCGAACAGUGGCAGGAGCGGCAGUGGGACGGGCGAGGAAGGGAAGAGAGGAGCGGACGGUCGUGGGACACGGAUCAGAGGGGUUCUUUCUCACGAGAUGGUGGCUCUCGAUAUAGUGACAGGGGGCGUGGUCGUGGUAGCGGCGAGGUGCCACGUGGCGCUCGUCGUGACUAUAACGAGGGUUCCACCAGCGGGUUCAGGAACCGCGGAGGCCUCAGAGGGAGAAGAGACGACGCGGGGAGAGGCGAUGGAUCGAGGUUUAGGGAAGGGUUCAAGCAGGGUUCAAGGGAGGGAGAGCAGUGGGAGAGCGAGGGACGCAGGGAGUACGAUCCCCGAGGGUCUAAGCGAGAGGAUCAGGCUGGAGAGGACUGGGAGGGGCCCGAGUCAGGGAGGAGGGAGUCUCUUCCAGGGAGGCGAGUGGCAGCAGUAGCAGCUGGUGGAAGGUUUGAGAUGAGAGGGGAGGAGAGGGGUGGGGCGAGAAGAGCAGGAGAGCGAGAGGGAGUGAGGGAGGGAGUGAGAGGCGGAGUGAGGGAGGGAGUGAGAAGCGGAGUGGAAGGCAAAGAAGAGGAGGCCGCGUGGCAGGACCCGCUGUUGCACGUGGGCGAGGUGGCGAGCGUGAGCAACGCGUUUGUGAAGCGCGCCGUGCGGCUGAGGCAGAGCAGCGCAGCGCGGAGAGCGUGGGGGCGCGUGCUGGUGGCGGGCGAGGUGCCCGUGCAGGAGAUCUGCGCGCCCUGGCUGCAGCCACAGGGGGAGGGGGAUCUGGCCGCCCUGGGCCGUGGCGAGUGCCCUCUGGACAUCCUACUAGUGCAAUCCGAGUCCCCCUCGCCCCCGCCCCCUGGGCUGGUGCGUGUGGCUCGGCGUGUGCUGUACGUGUCACCUGCUGUGAUGAGCCGCCUGGCAGGCGUGCAGAGCGUGGGCGCUGCUGCUGUCGCUGCUGUCAUGCUGCUCCCGGCGUCGUUUCGCGUGCUGGAGAGCGGUGGCGAUGAUGGGGGUGGUGAGGGUGCGGAGGAGGACGAGGAGGCAGGGGAGGAGGAGAAGGGGGAUUGGGACGGGGAAGGGGUGGAAGGGGAGGGGAGGUUGGGGGAGAAAGGGGGGAGUGGGGGAGGUGCGGAGGGUGGAAGGGCGGAAGGAGGGCAUGGUGCAGGCAGGCAGUGGUUUGAAGGGGAGGGGGGCGCACGAGGAUGGGGAGGUGACAUGUCGCGAGUGCUUGUGCUGGAUGGCGUACAGGACCCCGGAAAUCUGGGCACGUUGCUGCGCACGGCUCUGGCGUUUGACUGGGUGAUUGAGAAAUGGUGUGGGGGGGAGUGGAAAAGUGGAGAGACGAGGAGGAGUAGCAUGGGUUAUUUGCACGGCGUGUUUCUCCUGCCCGGGUGCUGCGACCCGUUCAACGACAAGGCACUGAGAGCAUCAAGGGGAGUGCUGUUCCGCCGGCCUGUGGCUGUCGGUGACUGGUCCCACCUCCUCUCCCUCACCUCCCACCACAACCUCUCCCUCCUCGCUGCCCACCCUGCUGCUGCUGAUACUGCUGAUGCUAGUGCUGGCGCAAGUGCACCACACGGAAUCUGUCUCGUGCUGGGCAGUGAGGGGCAGGGUCUAUCAGCCACAGCACUGCGCCUGUGCCAGCCAGUGGCCAUUCCCAUGCCGGGGGGAGCCGAGUCCCUCAAUGUGGCUGUUGCUGGAGGGAUCCUGCUCUUCCUGCUCGGCCCGCAUUCCCCACUGCCUCCUUCCCAUAUGGCCGCUGAUUCGCCACCUCUAGCAGUCUCUGUUUAG